AUGCCUUCUUGGGACGAAUGUUAUCAGAUGUUAAGUCGGCGUUGUCAAUUUCUUGAAGGACGAGCUACGUCCAUUAACGCUUCCGAAAAUAAAUCACGAAAUAAUUUUAAUACUGUACCAAGAAGAGUAUUACAAACGCAUCUCAGUGUCAAAUCUGGUUGUGAAUUUUGCAAGGCAGCUGACCACUUUUUAGGAAAAUGCCCUUCGUUUUUAGCAACGCCAGUUUCUCAGCGCUUUGACUUUGUUAAGAAAGCAGGCUGCUGCAUAAAUUGUUUGACAAAAGGACACUCCGUUACAAAAUGUAAAUCCGAAUCACGUUGCAGAAUUUGUCGUUCAUCACAUCAUACUCAUUUACACAAAUUUACAAAUACUUUGAUUGAUUCAUCAAUUAGUUGUCCAAGUAUCGCAAUUCAAGAGCAAGGACAGCUACAACAAUCUCAACAAUCAGUCUUCAAAAAGAUCAAUUAUUCCUACUGUUCUGAGGAAACAGCCAAAUUAUUGCAUUUAAAAUGGCAAUACUCUACUCAAGAAGUCUUUGGUAUUUCCAAUUUGAAAACACAUUUCAAUUAUAAUGUAUUUGCAACUGUGCAUUCUCGCACGUCCGAUUUUGAAUGGUCUUCUCAGUUUACGAUUACGAAAUCUAUUUCCUCCGUAAACCAUAGAGCCUACAUUAAUGCAACAAAAUUUCAAAUUCCUACUAAUAUUCAAUUAGCGGAUCCAUUAUUCGAUAGACCUUGUCAAAUGGACAUGCUGAUUGGUGCAGAAAUAUUCUUUGAUUUAUUACUUGAGGGCAAAAUUUCGUUAGGCAAAGACAUGCCAUAUUUAAUUAACGCUGUUUUCGGUUGGGUAGCAGGAGGCACGCAUAGCACAGACUUAUGUUCUAAAUCAUUUGAAUGCAACUUUACUCAAAAAUCACACAAUGAAGACACAUUUCUUGAACGAUUUUGGGAAUUAGAAGAAUACAAAAUAAGCUCCCCGCAACUCAGCGCAGAGGAAAAAAAUUGCGAACAGCACUACAUCAAAACAGUAACAAUCAGCGAAAAUGGGCGAGUUCAAGUAAGAUUACCUUUUAAAGUCAACCCCGAUGUUUUAGGAAAAUUAUUUCAUCUAGCUAAACAACGUUUUCUUUCACUGGAACAUAGGUUGCAACGAGAUCAAGUUCUAUACAAAAUGUACUCAGAGUUCAUGAAUGAAUAUGUAUCAUUAGGGUACAUGUUUAAUAUAAAAGCAGUAGAUUUCUCGAAGCCACACUAUUUCAUACCACACCACUGCGUUUUAAGGACUCAGAGUCUCACAACAAAGCUUCGAGUCGUGUUUGAUGCUUCAGCAAAGACUUGGUCUAAGUAUUCUCUAAACGACACACUUAUGGUUGAACCGACUAUUCAACAAGAUUUAAUAACUAUGUUCAUGGCAAUUCGAUUACAUAAGUAUGCAUUGACAGCGGACAUUGCAAAAAUGUACCCCCAAUUUUUGAUGGACAAACGUGAUAGAUGGUUUCAGUUAGUGUUGUGGCGAGAUAAUCCUCACGCUGAAUUACAGAUUUUUCAAUUAAAUACAGUGACGUAUGGAACAUCAUUCGCUCCGUUUCUAGCUAUUCGAUCGCUCUUUCACAUUGCCGACAUGCAUAUUCAUAAAUUUCCAAUUGGUGCUUCUACGUUAAAAACAGAUCUCUAUGUUGAUGAUCUUCUCACCGGCGCUAAUACUAUUACUGAAUUACUAAACAAAAAAAUAGAAAUUACAAAUUUACUAUCAAAGGCUGGAUUACAACUCGCAAAAUGGAGUUCUAAUUGCGACAAAGUAGUGUCGAGCAGUGAUGAAAGUUUCAAUGUCAAAUCUAGCGCAAAUCCCAUCACGAAGGCAUUAGGCAUGCGAUCGGUUCUAUCAACUGUGGCUAAAAUUUUUGAUUUAUUGGAACUUUUAAGUCCAAUUAUUGUACGAUGUAAAAUUCUAAUUCAGGAAAUUUGGAUACAAAAUUUGAGUUGGGAUGAAACGCUGCCUCCAAAGUUACUAACAUCAUGGUUAAAAAUAAGAGAUGAUUUAUACUUUUUAAAUUCUAUUAAUGCACCUCGUUAUGUUUUUACUGACAGUGAAAUUAAGAGUGAAGUUCACGGAUUUUCCGAUGCUUCACAGCGUGCCUACGGUUGUUGCAUUUAUAUACGUACAAGAUUGAAUGAUACAUGGAAUGUAACUCUUUUAAUUGCUAAAUCAAAGGUAGAGCCGAUUAAGGCACAAUCUCUACCGAGACUUGAACUGUGUGCAGCACUCUUAUUAAGUAGAACAUGGAAUAAAGUCAUGUCCAAGGUUGAACAAUUCGUGAAUUCAGUAUAUUUUUGGACAGAUUCUGAGGUGGUUUUACAGUGCCUACAAAUGCAUUUAUCUUCUCUUAAUUGUUUUGUAGCAAAUCGUACAUCAGAAAUUCAAGAAAUGACCAAAAACAUCAAAUGGCAUCACGUACCAUCUAAAGACAAUCCUGCAGACAUUGUUUCUCGCGGUUGUAAUGCUGAAGAAUUACCUAAAACAAUAUGGUUCAGCGGACCUGCAUUUUUGUAUUUACAUAUAGAUCAAUGGCCAUCACGUAAAAUUGGUGACAUUAAAGAACAUUCAAUAGAACUACGCAAAACACUGACAUUAAAGUGCAGAAAGAUUGAUAAUGAGAACUCAAUACUUUUAGAGAUAACACACAAUAAUUCGUCUUACUAUAGAAUUUUACGUAUAUGUACUUAUAUUUUUCGAAUGUUUAACAAAGAAUGCCCUGACAAACAAUUAGAGCUAACUGAUAUCAUGCACAUAUCAUCAAAGGAAUUAGACAUCACCUUUUGGAAAAUCAUUGCUGAAAUACAACGUGUAACCUAUUCACAUGAGAUCAAUGUAUUGGAACGUGGUAAGACCAUAAGCGAUAACUUACAAAAACUUUCUCCGUUCCUACAUACAAAUUUGGAAGGCAACAAUGAGAUAAAAAUUCUUCGAGUUGGUGGAAGACUACUAAACGCAGAAAUUCCAGCUCCACAUUUCGGUGGCCUUUGGGAGGCUGCUGUCAAAUCAACCAAACUACUAUUGGUGAAAAAUGUUGCUGAAGCUAAUCUAACGUUAGAAGAGUUUAAUACACUAAUAAUUGAAAUAGAAGCAAUAUUAAAUUCUGGGCCCAUUUGCGCAAACUCUGAUGAUCCCAACGACGGAGAAGCCUUAACUCCAGCACAUUUGUUGAUAGAUUCAUCAUUACGGGCCGCGCCUGAUGAAUGUUUAGACGACAAAAAACUAUAUUGUUUAUAUCGAUGGCAGCGACGAGCUAAAUGGUUCACUCCUGAACCCAAUGUUAAACUUGGACAAAUAGAAAUCGUGCAUGAAGAUAAUUUGCCUCCUCAAAGGUGGGUGUUAGCCCGUAUAACACAGAUUCAUCCAGGCACUGACGGAAAGGUUCGCGUAGUUGACGUAUCCACACCACAGCGUACAUUCAAACGUCCAAUUCAGAAAAUUGCUUCUUUACCGUGUGAUACUUGUUGA